UUCUCCGUCGUUCGCUCGUCGUAUGAUCUGUCACAAGCUGGAGCAAAAAACGGGGCGCGUUUGCGUUUUACUUACUACUAGUACUAAGUCUUAGUGUAGCUCAGCCAACCGAGACGGGAGUGACUUUUUUCACUCGUACCGGUCACGUCGGAUUAUAUAGUCUAUGAUCUAAUCUGCGGACUAGAGAGCGCUCCGCGCCGCCGGUUUCGCCGGGGAGGCGCCUUCCCAGCGCUGCCCCCCCUUCCCCUCCCUGUGUCCGGAACGACGGGCUCUGGAGUGUCGCCGCACGCGACUCGAUCGGCUCGGCUCGGCUCGGCUCGGCUCCUCCCCACCUGCUCCCAUGAUAUAAACUGCCUUCGUCUCCGCCAACCUGCCAGGCAGGUACACGGUCGGUGCCCGGCGUCCUUGCUGCUGCGAUGGCUGAGCGGCGAACGACUGUGGACGAUGUUGAGCCCCACACCGAAGAGGUGCUCACGGAGGAGGUGUGCCAUGAGUCUGAUCUGCAGGAGGGACAGAUGAUGGAAGUGGAGGUUGGGCAACACAAAGUCCUCUUGGUGCGCAGUGGUGGGGUGUACAGCGCUAUAGGAAACAGCUGCACACACUAUGGUGCUCCGCUCAGCAAAGGGGCACUUUCUGGAGGCAGAGUGCGCUGCCCCUGGCACGGGGCCUGCUUCAACGUCAAGACUGGUGAUAUAGAGGAGUAUCCUGGCCUGGACUGUGUAGCACAUCACAAGGUAACAAUUGAGAACAAUAAAGUGUAUGUAUCUGCAAAGAUAAAGUCGCUGAAGCAGCCCAAACGGGUGAAGGCGAUGGGCCGCAGAGUACCAGCAAUAACCCACACAGUGCUGCUGGUGGGAGGAGGACCUGCUGCUUUGGUCUGUGCUGAGACCCUUCGCCAGGAAAACUAUGGAGGCAGAAUCAUCAUGAUAACCAAAGAUGACUUACCGCCUUACGACAGGACCAAGCUGAGCAAGGCAAUGAAUACAGAAAAUGACAGUAUCCUCCUUCGACGGAUGGAGUUUUUCCAUGAGUAUGACAUUGAGGUGUGGAUGAACAAAGAGGUCAAAUUUGUGAACACAGACAAGAAGACAGUGAUGCUGAAUGACAGCUCUCAGCAUCACUAUGACCAGUUGUUAAUUGCCACAGGCAGCAGGGCCCGGGACCUAGAGUGCCCCGGCGCCGACUUGGAGAACGUGACCUUGCUGCGUGUUCCUGAGGAUGCCAGAAAAAUCCACCACGGCAGCAUAAACUGCAGAGCGGUCAUCAUCGGGUCUUCCUUUAUAGGUAUGGAGGUGGCAUCCUACCUGGCAGAUAAAGCUGCCAGUGUCACAGUAAUUGGUAGUAGUAAGUUCCCUUAUGAAAGAAUACUGGGCCCAGAAGUUGGGAUGAUUACCAUGCAGAUCUUGCAAGAGAAGAAAGUAAAGUUCUACAUGAAAGACUGUGUCACUGAGAUCAAGGGAGAAAAUGGAAAGGUUAAAGAGGUCAUUCUAAAAAGUGGUGUAGUCCUGCCAGCUGACAUUGUGAUUGCAGGAAUAGGAGUAAUCCCGAAUUCUGAGUUCCUGUUUGGGAGCUCUGUAAAUCUGGACUCCAGGAACAUGGUCAUUGUAGACAAGUUCAUGAAGACCAACGUCCCAGAUGUCUUCUCUGCUGGAGAUGUUACAUCCUUCCCCUUGGCUGCCUAUGAGAACCAGAGAGUUAGUCUGGGCCACUGGCAUCUGGCACAAACUCAAGGAAGAGUGGCAGCCUUAAACAUGCUGAACAAACCAGCAGAAAUGAAAUCUGUUCCUUUCUACUGGACUGUUUUGGCAGGGAAGAGCAUCAGAUAUGCAGGUUAUGGGGAAGGAUAUACUCAAGUUAUACUGAAAGGCAAAGUGGAGGAAUUGAAGUUUCUUGCAUUUUAUGUCAAGGACGAUGAAGUGGUGGCUGCAGCCAGCUUGAACUCUGACCCCGCAGUUUCCCAGUUUGCAGAAAGGAUCGCAGCAGGGAAGCAAACCACCAAGGAGCAAGCUGAAUCUGAAGACCUCAGCUGGCUUAAACUACCAUGAUUCCUGCUGUCGUGGGGAAAUGGCUGUGCUUCAUCCCAAAGUACAGAGGCUGUCUCCAUUCAGAUGCAUUUGUAUGACCUACAUUUGUAUCAUUUUGGAUCAUGGAAUUAAUAGUAUGACACACUUAAUAUGAUUUAUCUUUCAUCUCUAAGACUUCUAAAUUCAGUCUUGCGUACAUAGAACGUGUAAAAGUACUAUAGAUUUUUUUU